UAGGAUGAUACGAUGGAUUCGGAUGGUAGUUUGGGCGGCUCUGCUAGUGUGUUGGGUGCGUGCGGAAAAUAUUCUAUUUCUGCAGACAACACCCUCGAAAAGUCACCACAUCUGGAACAAGCAGAUCUUUGAGCGUUUGUACGAAAAUGGGCACAACCUUACCAUUUUGUCCUUUGAAAAAGAAGCGUCCGUGCCGGGCAAAACGUUCCUGGUGAUGGACAAUUUUUUCGAGAAGCUAAUGGCCGCUUUUGCGGACGGUAGUACGACGGAUUACUCUACCUACGAGCAUGCGUUUGCAAACAUAAUGAACGUGUACCAGUAUUACACGGUGUCCAGUGGAAUACUGGAGCACGAGCCGGCCAUUAAGCAACUGCUCGACUAUCCAAGAACCUUCCGGUUUGAUCUAGUGAUACACGACUUCACGAUGGGUCAGUUUUUGCUUGGCUUUCUGGAACAUUUUCAUCACCCGCCACUAGUGUCGAUCUCACCGUUCAACAUACCGUCGUACACCCAGUACCUGGCGGACGUACCACUCUACACCACCUACCUGCCCCAUCCUGCGUCCAGCUUCAACUCGCAGAUGAGCUUCAAUGAACGGGUUAAAAACACACUUUAUUGGUGGUUCGAAAUGCUGUACCGGCAACAGGUGUACAUGCCAAAGGAACAGGAGCGAAUGAAGCGCGUGUUCGAAGGCAUCAAUCCACCACACGUGAAACUGUUAGAGCGCCGUUCCGAGUUGGUGCUUGUAAACAGUGAUCCGGCUCUCGAUUUUUAUCAACUACUCCCUCCGAACGUGGUGCAAGUGGGCGGAUUGCAUAUCAAGCGAGCGGAGGAGAUGCCUGCGAUGAUGCAACAGUUUAUUGCACGUGCGAACAAAGGUGUGGUACUGUUCAGUUUCGGCACAAACGUCCAGAGCGAGAUGCUAGGUCCGGAAGUGAACCGGCAGCUGUUGGAGCUGUUCCGCAGCAUGCCUGACUAUGGUUUCAUCUGGAAGCACGCGAACGCGGAUAAGCUGGUGAUGCCGCCGAACGUGCUAAUGACUGCGUGGGUUCCGCAAUCGGCCGUGUUGGCCAACAGCCGCACAAAGCUAUUGGUUAGCCACGGUGGACUGCUGAGCCUUCAGGAGGCGGCCUGGAACGGUGUCCCCGUUAUCGGUGUACCAUUCUUUGCUGAUCAGUUUUCGAACGUGCGCCGUAUCGAGUUGGCAGGGAUCGGUAUUGGCAUACCGUCCAACAGAUUGAACGCGAACACACUGAAAGAAGCGAUGGAUAAGAUUCUGGGUGAUAGCAGCUAUCGAGCGCGAGGCAAGGAACUAUCCUAUCGCUUCCGCACACAACCCGAAGCUCCGCUAGAACGUGCGAUUUUUUGGAUCGAGAAAGUGAUCGCCAACAAGGGUUUGCGGUAUCUGCGCUCGCCGACGCGCAAUAUGGCCCCGUAUCAGGUGUACGGGCUAGACAUGGUUGCCGUAGUUUUGUUGAUCGUGCUGGGAUAUUAUCUUAUCUUUAAGCGACAUUCGAAACCCGCUGGGGAAACUGGUGACACGAAAACUAAAACCGAGUAGAGCAGACGU